AUGGCGAGUGGCGAUAACCAAAUGGUGCUUUCGGUGGAGGCUAGUUCGAAAGACUCGUCGAAAGUACACGGCGUUAGCUUGGCGGACCUCGACGAAGUCACGGGCGUCUUCUCGGGCGAAACGAUCGACCACGCGUCGCCUUGCACCGCGACCGAGCUGCGAGCGUGCCACAUCGUUCGGCAGCUGUCGGUGUGGAACGAGGUGCUUUCUCAGGCCAAAAUGGAACUCAGGCAGAGCCCUCGGACGCGUACUGGUAUGACGUUGGUGAGCGUGGACAACCCUUACGUCGUGGACCACUCGCCGUACAUGCUGUACCAGGCGGCCAGCCUGCUGUACCACCUCAUAAAGACGCACCGCUGCGUGACGCACGUCGACGUCACCAUGGGAAGGCUCAACCUCUACGAGCAGCUUCUGUGCGUCGCCCUCUGCGACAACGAGUCUGUGAAAACGCUCAAACUGCGGGACACCUACAAGCGGAGCCUCGGUCCCCACCGGAACUUCUGCGCGGUCAUCCCGACCUUGCGAAACUUGAUACACUUCGAAUGCACCAGCGACGCCGAGUGCCGGCUACUGUUUAUGGAAGUGCUGACGUCGCUUCUGACGACCCGGUCUCUCGAGUCGCUCCACGUUCCCGAGUUGGUUAUGGCGCGCGAGCAGGCCGAGGCGUUCUUGACGGCGGUCACGGCGUGUCCGUCCCUGAAGGAACUGUCGUUCAACUUCGGAGUCGUCACCCACGCCUCGGAAAAAUGCUGCACCGCUUUCGCCGAAUACCUAAAGAGUCGCACUGCCUUGACGAGUCUGACCUUCGCCGGACGGGACGACCUGUACAGCGACGGCGUGCGACUGGUACUGGGAGGAGUCUCGGAAAACAAGACCAUCGUCAGAAUAGAGUUUAGGACAGCGUUGAUGCGGGUUCAGUACGUCCAGGCCGUAGCCGACGUUCUUUCGAGGAACGCGACGCUGCGCGGCGUUCACUUCGUUCCCAGCCGUCCUUAUUACGACAUGGGCGCUCUCGCCUUGCACGCCUGGUUGACGGCUCUGAUCGGGAACGAGACGCUGCAGGACCUUACGCUGCCCUUCUACAUCUGGACGUCGCCUCAGUGGGCUCUUUUCUUCCAAGCGCUCUCAAGGAAACGCCAGCUACGGAAGGUGCUCGUGACCGGAGAUACCGAGGACGCCGUCGCCUUGCGGCAAGUCUGCGAGGCCCUUCGAUCGAGUGGCGCCGAGGAGAAGGUCGUCUUCGGACCGUACUUGGGGGCAUCCUGCUACCAGUACUCUUUCAAUCUUGUCAAGUACAAAUGUUUCCGCGAAGUGCUCGUCACGGAUGCUCACGGCGUCGCUGACGCCCCACCGCUUGGAAAGCUUCUGCACCAGCUGUGCUCGCUGAACCACGUGACGUCCUUGACGGUGCACGUCGACCCCACUACUUGCAGGCACAGCGUGUCGUCCGCGCUUUCCGACUACGUCGGGACGACGACCACGCUCAAGAAGUUGAGACUGAUAUCGCUGUCCUUCGAGCACCCGGACAACCAAUCCGACCUGACUUGGACGGCCGUGGUGGAGUCCUUCUCGAGAAACAGCAGCUUGUCGGAGCUGUGCGUCAGGGUGACCUCCAUCGCCAAGGCGGACUUGGAGCGCUUGGCCGACGUCGUCAAACGCAGCAAGAACAUACGAAGCUUCGCAGUUUCGGUCCGAUCCGCCUGGCACAGUACAGAGUUUCUGAGUCGAUUGUCUCAAGGCAUACACAGCAACUACAGCCUGCUGAGCGUCCAACUUCCCGACUACAUGAACAGGGACUCGUUUGCAGUCUGGGACACGACUCGAAGAAACUUCGGUCUGGUGGCCAGCGCUUCGCAGUUCCUCGCCGGAGCUGAAUGUAACAAGUUCAUUGCGGCGUCUCUGGAGCGGGUGUACCGGCACCGUGCCCUGCUGGAGGAGCUCGCCGAGGUCCAGGGCGUCAGCGUGGACGAAGUCGCGGCUGCACUUCGAGCUCAGGUCAGGGCCUUCGAGGGCGUGCACGACUUCAUGCGACUCGCGGGAGUGGUCAAGGACCGGGUCGCGUGCCACGCCCGGGACGACGGACGCCUGCAGCUCGACGACCUCAACGAGCACUGCUGGAUCGCCAUCAGGGGCUACCUCAUGCUGGACGACGUCGCGUACGAGCGCGUUGAACGAGACGAGGGCUAA